AGUAGACAUUACGGUAUUUAUGUUUUCACCGCAAUUUAAAUUUAAAAAUUAUCCGUGUUAAUAAACUCCGAAGAUGUCAGAUUCUGCAGAAGGUACUGAUGUAGACUGGAUUUUCUAUCGUCUUCGCCCGGAGUGGAAAGACAUUGAACCAAUUUUUCAAAAUGAUGGAGAUUAUCCGGUGGUCCAGAUUGCCUAUUCUGAGAAAUUUAGAGACAUUUACAACUACUUUCGAGCUAUUUUAGCUCAUAAAGAAGUCAGUGAAAGGGCUUUUGAAUUGACUACAGAUGCUGCCGACAUUAACCCAUCCAAUUAUACCGUAUGGCAUUAUAGAAGAAUUCUGUUGAAAGAAUUAAAUAAAGACCUUAAUGAAGAAUUAGAAUAUUGUCAACAUAUUAUUGAAGAUAACCCAAAAAAUUAUCAAAUUUGGCAUCAUCGUCAAGUGCUUGUGGAAUGGCUUCAAGACCCUUCAAAAGAAAAAAAGUUAACUGAACGAGUUUUAUUUGAUGAUGCAAAAAAUUAUCAUGCCUGGCAGCAUAGACAAUGGGUCAUUAAACAGUUUAAUUUGUGGGAAGAUGAGAUGGAUUUCAUCAAGCUCCUCCUUGAGCAAGAUAUUCGUAACAAUUCAGCGUGGAAUCAGCGUUUUUUCAUUGUUAGCCGAUUUCUCAAACUAACUGAUGAAGUUAUUAGUCAAGAAAUCAAGUAUACAUUAAGUGCAAUACAAAAAGCACCUAAUAAUGAAAGUCCAUGGAACUAUUUAAGAGGAAUUUUACAAGAUAAGGGAUUAUCAAAAUUUCCUGAAGUUACAGAAUUCACAGAUAAUUUAUAUAGUCAAGGCUGUCGCUCUCCACAUUUGUUAGGCUUCAUUAUUGAUGGCAUUGAAGAAAACCUUUUAAACAAUGCUAAUGAAGAACUUUGUUUAAAGGCAAUAGAUCUUUGUAAUUCUUUAGCUACUAAACAUGAUAAAAUUAGAAAAGAAUAUUGGAAUUUUGUUGCUAGAAAUCUAGGAAAUUUAUAUGGACCUGAAGAAGCUCAUUCACAUGUUGGUAAUGCAAGUGGAGAUUCGACUUAAUAAUUACUUAUUAAUUGUUUACUUUUGUUAAAUCGACAUUUCAUCCUUAUUUGCUUCUGUGAAGC